AAAAAUAUAAAAUAUUUCAAGUAACACAAUUAAAAUAGUUUAUGAACAAGGUAUGUUUAAAAUACAUUAUUACUAGGGAAAGAGAUGACUUUAUGUCACUUCAAAAGAAUCUAAAAACACAUAAAAAGGAUUAUUUAAUUUAUUUUAACAGAACUUCUGACAAAUUAUCAUAGUGUUAUUAUUGAAAAUUCUUUCAAUUUCAUCUUCUACUUUUUGGUCGACAUUUCAAAAUAAAGUUUUAUUUCAAAUUACUAAUUUAGGAUUCCAUUUUAUUGCUAACAUAAUUUUUAUAGAUUAUUUCUCUUUCUAGACAAUAUUAUCAGCAUUUUUAUUUGAAACUAAUUUUCAUACAAUUUUAUAAAAAUAAAUUAUUAUAGAUUUGUUACAAAUUUAUAAACUAAAAUUAAAAUCUUGAUAUUGUGAAUCAUAUUUCAACAUUUGUAUAUCACUUAUAUAUUUGGACAAACGUACAAAAAAACUCCAACUACUAGAAUUUUCUAGUUUUAAUCAUUCGAUAUUAUAUUGCUUAGUUACUAAUAUUAUUGUACAUUAAAUAUCCAAAAUCAAAAACGUUAAUCAUAUUAUUUUAUUAUAACAUGGCUAGAGCAAAUGUAUCUGUACGUGAUGAUCAGAAUUUCAGAAGUCGCUGUGAGCAAGAACAAAAAGCUUUUGAUGAUUGGCCUAAUAAGUGGGAGUGGAUAUUAGAUGAAUAUAAAGAAAGAAAUGAAAAAUUAAAUGCAGUAAAGAAAAAUGCAAUGAUGAGAAAGGGCAAUUUAAACAUGGAUCUUAGAAGUGUGCUACCUUUUCCUAACACAACAUCAAGAGAAAUUGGUUGGUUAUCAAGUAAACAAGAAUUUCAAUUAGAAAUAUUUGGACCAUACAUUACACAUUUACCAAUUGAAAUAAAACCAAAUUACAAGAAUGAUUUAUAGGUAAAUAUAUUAAGGAAUACAGUAUAGGUUAUACUAUAAUGUAUGUAUACAGUCUAUGUUUAAUUAUGUGUGCCAGAAAAUGAGGGAGGACGCCAGGGAAAAUGAACUACUAACUACUAUUCAGUAUACUGAAAGUUGAAAAAUAAAUAUUUUUCUAACUAUUUAUAAAUUCAAAAGGUUUUAGACAAUAAUUUCAACUUCCAUGUUUCUAAACUAAAUAAUAUUGUAAUUAUUAUAAUAAACUUGCAAUACCUUAUUUUUUUUAGAAAUCAUUAAGAAUAAAAAAAAGAAUAAUAAAAAUAUUGAUAAAUCACAUAAAAGCAGAUAGUUAAUGAGGAAAUAUUUAGUAAAAAAUCCUUAACAUUUAUUAUUUCUGGAGCUACUUACAAUCCAAAAUUAUA